UUAACCAAAUAUUAGCUUUCAAAAUUUGCAGUAUAAAAACAAGCCUCGCUGUAAUUGUUAAUUUGAUUCACUUAUAUGCCAUUUAUAUACCAUUAAAUCACAAAUUAGUUUUAAAAAUGACUGACUUGGAUAACGAUUCCUUUACAGAUCCAUAUACAGAUCCAUAUACCGAUCCAUAUACCAACGAUUCUUACCAUUCCUGUGAAGGUGAUGAAGACCUUCUGGUUAAAUCCGACUGGGAUUCUUCGAACCAGACGAACUCCGCUCGAUCCAGCAAACGAACCAGCGAAGACACUCUUGAAAACUCAGUUGAAGUUCCCGAGUUCACAGUCGAAGAACUGAUCAACAAAAUAGGAGUAGGCAAAUGGCAGAUUUUAUUCGUAUCGGUUUUAGCUUUAAACAACCUGAGUGAGAACGUUGCAAUUCAGUGUCAGCCUUACCUAUCUGCAAGGCUGUAUGUUGAUAUGGAAUUGACUCCACAUCUUCAAGGAAUCUUAGGAGCUGCAUCUUUGGCAGGGUUCUCUGUCAGCAACGCUUCCUGGGGUUUUGUAGCUGAUCAAAUUGGGAAGAAGAACGCCUUGUUGCUGUGUUGUUUAGUGGUAAUUGUCUUCAAUCUGCUCACCUGUGUGGCCCCCGAUGUCUACUGGAUUAUUGUUUGUCGAGUGGGUGUAUCUUUGACCAGUGGUGCAUUUUCAAUUGGAAUUCCAUGCUUCGCCGAAAUGCUUCCGACUAAAUAUACGUGGUUCGGACCUCUUUUUGGAAACCAGUUAUGUGGAAACGUGCUCGGCGGUCUUGUGCCCAUGAUACUCGGUUUAUUUCUUCUUUCUGAUCCAAAAAUUUCCUGGAAACUUUUUGUCAUUGCAUGUACGGUUCCGUCUGUUUUGUUUUUCGUACUAGGUUUAUUUAUCCUUCAUGAAACGCCUUCCUAUUUAGUAUCCCGUGGAAAAACAGAUGAAGCUACAAAAUUGCUCAAAAAAAUGGCAAAUUCGAGAAAAAUUGACCUACCAGGUCAAUUUGAGUUUCGCAAGCCGCAACAAGACGCGAAUCAAAUAGUCGCAGAAUCCCGACUAACAUUCAGACAAAGCAUAUCAGUGAUGUUCAAAAAUUGGGGUAUAAUGCGUACUGCGCUUUGUGCUAUUAUGAUGGGAACUGCAUGCCGCAUGAUUAAUCUCGGCCUGAACUUCGUUCUCACGAAUGUUGUUUUCCUAGUCGGAGAUGUAGGAUCGUAUUGCGAUGGAGGUCAUUCUAGGACAUACAUUCUUUCAAAAUGGGAUUAUGGCAAGCUGAUGAUGUCGCAGUUAACUGGAGUUCUAGCAUGGUUUUUCAUCAUUCCAACUAUUAACUCCACAACCGGUGGGGUGAAUUUACGCCGAAAUGCACUCGCGAUGUUUAUAAUCAUCCUCUUUCUGGGAUCAUGGCUCUACUUAUGUCCGACUCCUUUACUGGCUGUCGGGAUCCUAGCAGCAUGCAAGAUGUUAUCUCAAGCAAUAAACACUUCAGUUUGGAUCAAUAUUUCCAAAAUGUACCCCCCAAGGAUUCGAUCGAGCUUAAUUGGGCUGACAACGUGUUUAAUGGCUCUGCCACUUCCAGUUUUUCCCUAUCUCGUCGAGUUGUUUUCGAAGGAGUCUCAUUAUUACGUAACAAGUCUUAUUAUGGGAGUCUACUUGUACGGUUUCAUUGGUGCUUUACUUGCACCAAAAGUUGUUCAUGCUGUCGAAAUUUGAGAUUAAACAUACUUCAAAUAUGUAUAAGUUUUUGUAAGCAUAUAUUUGGAUUA